AUGCAAAAUGGACUUGCUGCCCUGUUUUCUGCUAUAGACACAGUUUUGUCUCUCCAUUAUGCCUCCUCCAUCACCACACCCAAGCUAAAUGACGUCUGUGCUCGAGCUACCUCCAUGUGUGGAAAGCGAAUCACCUCAUCUACCCUUGAAGCCAUUUUGGCGUACUUCCCACAGGCUUACAAGAUCAUCAGCUACGGCCGUAAUUCUUACGAUUACGCCAUCACGGUGCCUUCAGGAAUGCUGGUUAUGAAAUUUGGAAUGCAGUUGCCACUUCGAAGUGCUGAGUUCGAUAGGUUACUCAAGAGCACCGAAUCUCCAAAUCCUGUAACUUUGGCAUCCAUUGCCAUAGUUGAGACCCCUUUGGUUUCUCCAGUGAAGAGUUCAGGUCGAUCUUUGAAUGCACUGGAAGAGUCCUUGCCGAAAUCGUUGAUGGGUGAAAAUAACGAUGACCCUUCUACGAAUCCAUCAUCUCCAACAAAACUAACGCUAAAAUCUUCUCCCACGAAGAGAUCAUCUCCUACAAAAGUCUCAAAGGCUUCUUUGUUGCGGAAUGAUGCGUCCAAGUUUCAAUUUAAAGAGAAAAUUGCCGCUGUCGAAGCUUCAAAGUCUGGUCUUUCUCUUUUAGAACGUAUCAGGUUGAAGGAGAAACAGCUGAAGAGUCAGGAAACGCCUGAAGCCAGAUAUCACGACCAGGUUCUUGGGAAAAUGCCUGCUGUCUACGAUGUAAUAUAUGAACUUGCACCAGUAGCCUCUCUGGGCCCCAAAUCUCACAGCUUUUCCUUACCGAAAGUGAUAUCCAUAGUGCAAGAUUCGUUUACUUUCAAUAUCGCUGAUACCGAAGUUCUCGAUGUGAUUCGGGAAUUAGAAUCUAGGUUGGGGCCAGAAAAAUUACAUAUUUUAGAACGGGGCGGCGUUCACGCCAUAAAGGUUUUCCAGUUGGAUCGCAAUACAGACUUAAGUCUAAUUAGAUAG